AUGGCACGACGCGCAAUGCGCCGAUGCUUCACCACACCCGAAAUCUUUGAAUGCAUUCUCCUCAACCUUGACAUCCAAGAGCUCCUCUUCGCUCAGUUGGUCCAUACUCAUUUCAAGAGUUUCAUUGAACAGUCGACUGUGCUACAGCAGAAGCUCUUCUUCGUACCAGACCCGACGAGAACCACACCAGAGCUACACCCAAUCCUCAAACGCCGGUUCCCAGCAUUGUUUUCGUUGAAGAGACCAGACGACAUGCUGUCCUUCCACGACUUUAGCGAGAUGACUCGUAAAUUGGAUUGGUUCACCGAUGAAUUCUCUCGCGAAAGAAUGAUCCGGGAAGAUGCUUCAUGGAGGCGCAUGUUCCCGGUCCAACCGCCCGCAAAGCUCGAGUCGAUAAAGAUUUGGAGUCAUCACUUUUGUGUUAAUCGGCUCGGUCACUGUGUUCCUGCUCAGCUCGGAAGCCAAUGUCAGCACCUGCAAGAAACCGGAAUCAAGAUGGGACUCUUGUAUGACCUUGUCGUGCACUUGCAUUCGGCAAACACUGUUCCCCUCAUCUACAUCCACUGGCAGAUGUUUCUAAUGGAGGGAGAAGGACCGAGAGACAAUGAUGACCUCGAAGAAACCGAUGGCUUCGAAGACCUCUGCCUAUCAGGUACGGAAAAGAAAGAACUCAAAAACUCAAUUACCUUUUAUUAUCAACAUGGCGCAUCUUGCGAUGGCCGCAUAGUAAAUGUACCGCUCCUGAAGAUCAACUCACCCUUCAUAUCAAUGGUAGAAGAAGACCCUUCCACCCUAUUGAGGUUCUUGAAAACUCCAGAGGCGUAUGAGUGGGCUAAAUAUUUGAAACCGAAACGUAGAGCCCGUCUAGAGGAGAGACUCGGGGGGCGAUUUCCUAGACGUUAG